AUGAACACAACCUUCAACUCGGCGCUCAAACAGCGCACCACCAUCCGCAAAGACCUCUCCGCCCUCUCCGCCCACCUCCCAACAGCCAGCAACAGCAACCAUGACCCCCACCAGCCCCAACCAGCAGCACCACUCACCCCCGCGGCCCUGGGCUCGCUCUCCGCCUCGCUCACCGCCUUCGCCCGCACCGUGGACGAGUACAACGCGCUCGCCAAGCAGGAGCUCAACGCGACCAAGCAGGACAAGGCCUUCGAGCGGAUCCGCGACUUCCGCGCCGAGCUGGCCGACUUCCGCGCCCGCUUCGACGCCCUCAAGGCCGCGCGCGACGACGCCGCCCACGCCGACAACCGCGCCGAGCUGCUGGGGCGGCGGCCGUUUGCGGCGGCGACGCCCGAGAAUCCGUACGCGAAUGUUGGUGGUGGGGGUGGUGGUGGUGGUGGUGGUGCGCUGGGGGUGGCGUCGUCUGCGUCGGGAUAUGGGAUGAGUGGCAGGGGUCAUGCGCGCACGACAAGUAGUGCGGAGGCUGGAUCGGGGGGGUUGGGCAUGGGCAGUGGCGAUGUCACGCGCGAGGGCCAUGCCCUAAGGGAGCAGCAGUUCUUUGCGAAUACCCACUCGGCGCUGGACGACUACAUUGCGCGCGGACAGGCCGUGCUGGGCGACCUGGGCCAGCAGCGCGAGAUGCUGAAAUCGACGCAGCGCAGGCUGUACUCGGUGGGCAACACGCUGGGGAUUUCCGGCGAUACCAUCCGCAUGAUUGAGCGGAGGGCGAAGCAGGAUAAGUGGAUUUUUGGGGCCGGCGUGGUGGUCUUUUUCCUGUUUUGCUGGCUGGUUCUGCAUUUCCUGCGGUAG